UGUACCCCUCGACGUCUGUUCGUUGACACGGUAGAAAGUGAAGAUGCUGUUCUCCCAUGUACUAGCGCAACGUUCGUUCCAGCUGGCGAGAGAGACUGUCCCCUGGUCCAUGAUAAUUACGCAGGAACCCGUUACCGGCAGCACCUUGUCAGGGCUUCCAAGAAGAGGGUGAAAACGGGGUAUUUGUCCCUGUUCAGCGCAUCCACUUGGAAAGUGAAGCAGCUGCUACAGUAUGGGUGCGCUUACGAAGGGACGCUACCUCUCAUUGGGCUUCGUGUUCCUUGUUUUUUGCACGACGUGCACAACGUCGAAAGGUGCUACAGGUGACAUCCCGCCAGACUCUUUACCAUCAGUCCCAGGAACCUUGCCUCACUUCCUGAAGGAACCAGAAGAUGCCUACAUUGUCAAGAGCAACCCAAUCAAGUUGUUAUGUCGCGCUGUGCCUGCUCUUCAGAUCUUCUUUAAGUGUAAUGGAGAAUGGGUCCACCAGAAUGAGCAUGUGUCCCGAGAGUCCAUGGAUCAAAACACUGGUCUGAAGGUGCGUGAGGUACUGAUCAACGUGUCCCGGCAGCAGGUGGAGGACUUCCACGGUCCAGAGGAUUACUGGUGUCUGUGUGUGGCCUGGAGCCACCUGGGUACCUCCAAGAGCCGCAAAGCCACUGUCCACAUAGCAUACCUGAGGAAGAACUUCGAGCAGGACCCCCAGGGAAAGGAGGUGCCAAUCAAAGGGAUGAUCGUGCUGCACUGCCGCCCCCCAGAGGGAGUGCCUACGGCGGAGGUGGAGUGGUUGAAGAACGAAGAGCUAGUGAGCUCCAUGACUGAUGAAAACAUUGACACGCGAGCUGACCACAAUCUCAUCAUCAGCGAGGCACGUCUGUCUGACUCCGGAAACUACACAUGCCUGGCUAGCAACAUCGUGGCCAAGAGACGCAGUGCCACAGCCACUGUGGUGGUUUUCGUCAACGGCGGUUGGUCGCUGUGGACGGAGUGGUCUUCCUGUAAUGUGCCCUGUGGACGGGGCGUCCAGAAACGCUCCCGUACCUGUACCAACCCUGCCCCACUCAAUGGAGGGGCUUUCUGCGAGGGCAUGUCAGUGCAGAAGAUCACCUGUAAUUCCCUCUGUCCAAUCGACGGUGGCUGGGAGGAGUGGAGCGACUGGACAGUGUGCAGUGUGCAGUGCGAGCGACAGCGUAGGAGGGACUGCAACAACCCGCCACCCAGGCACAGAGGGAAGAUGUGCGAGGGGCCCGGCGAUGCCACAGAGAAUUGCACUGGUGGAAUGUGUACCCAGAAUGGAAAGCUGCUGCAUGAUGUUAGACCUCAAAGUAUGAACAGCUCCAACGAUGUGGCUCUGUACUCUGGGCUGGGUGCUGGGGUCAUAGCGGUGGCUGUCCUUGUGGUGGCCGUCAUGCUGUACAGGAGGAACCAGAGCGACUACGGCGUUGACGUCAUCGACCCGUCUGCACUUACCGGGGGCUUCCAGUCUUUUAACUUCAAGACCGCAAGACAAGGGAACCCACUGCUUCUCAGCUCUUCUCUGCAGCCAGAUCUGACAGUGGGCCGGACCUACAGCAGCCCAAUCUGCUUUCAGGACUCCAUAGACAAUAAAGAGCUCUUUGACCCCCUGCCAGACAUCAAGGUCAAAGUUCAGAGCUCAUUUAUGGUUUCAUUAGGUGUGGCCGACCGAGCUGAGUACCACGCUCCCAAAGGCCAGCCCCCUGAGACCUUCCCUAGAGGGCUGAACCGGGACUACAGCAACAGCACCGUGGAGAGACGGAGCCCCAAGAAGGGCCUGCUCUCCCCCACCAAAGUUCAGCUGAAAACGACAGGCGUAUUUGGGCAUCUGGGAGGCCGGUUGGUGGUGCCAAAUACUGGCGUCAGCCUGCUGGUGCCUCAUGGGACGAUUGCUGAGGACACUUCCUGGGAGAUGUACAUGGUGAUAAAUCAGGGUGAAUCCAGUCUUCAGACGGAGGAAAGCUGUGAUAUCCUACUAGGACCAGAAGUCACAUAUGGCCCUCCAGGCCUGGACCUCUCCAGCCCCGUUGCUAUGACAAUAGCUCAUUGUGCUGAGCUGGACGCUGAAAACUGGAACAUCCAACUGAAGAGGAAAACACAGGAGAACAAAGGGGAGGAAGUGAUGUCCGUAGAGGAUGAGUCAACAUCCUGUUACUGCCUGAUGGACUCCACUAGCUGCCACCUGCUGCUGGACCAGCCAGGCUCAUACGCUCUGAUUGGUGAACCGCUCACCCAGGCAGCCGUGAAGAGACUGAAGCUAGCUGUGUUUGGCAGCCUGGGGCCUACCGCAAUGGAUUACAGCCUCAGAGUCUACUGUGUGGAUGACACGCCACACGCCUUUCAGGGAGUGGUGGCCACAGAGAAGGGUAAAGGAGGACAGCUCCUGGAGGAACCUAAGAUGCUGCCUUUCAGAGGGAACACCUUUAGCCUCCAGGUCUCGAUCCAGGAUGUCCCACAGUUUCUGUGGAGCAUCAAACCCUUUACAACCUGUCAGGAAUUCUCCUUUUCCCAAGUAUGGUGCAGCAACCAGCAGCCCCUGCACUGUGCCUUCUCCCUGGAGAGAUACAGCCCCGCCACCACCCAGCUUUCCUGCAAGAUCAGUGUGCGGCAGGUCAAAGGUCACGAACAGAUUCUGCAGGUCUAUACAUCUGUGGUGCAGAGCGAGAAGGAGUCCGUCCCAUUUUUUAUGCAGUCGGACUGCACCAUCACUUCACAGACGGGACCCAAGGCCUUCAAAAUCCCUCUCUCCAUCCGCCAGAGGAUAUGUGCCACCUUCGACACUGCCAACGCCAAGGGCAAGGACUGGCAGCUCUUAGCCCAGAAACUCCAUCUAGAUAUAAACCUGUCGUAUUUUGCUAAGCAACAGAGCCCCUCUGCGGUCAUACUGAGCCUGUGGGAGGCACGACACCAAGACACUGGUGACCUUGACUCUCUGGCAUGCGCUCUGGAGGAAAUUGACAAGAUCCACUCCAAAAGCCCUGCAACAAAGAGGCAGGAGGACCCUGACUUAGUACAUCAUUUAGAAACAGGAAACCCAGGCAUUCCAGUGUGUGGAAUGGGUGAACUGACCAAUCAUGAGUCUGCUAACUCAGUCCCAUUAGAAUUCCCAAGGAAUUCACUGUCUACGUAGAUCCCGAAAAGCCAAGCUUAAUGCAUAAAUCUGUGUGUUAAUGGAGAACUUGAUGGUGGUUGAUUGAAAGUUAUAUAAGAUGUCAGUAUGCAGAUGGAGAUUGUUGUUCACUGAGCAAAACAACAGGACUAGGAAAAAUUAUCACUGAGAAAAAAGAGAUCUGUAAUUGAUGUGUGUAUACUGUAUUCACCCCUUUCUGAUGAUGUACUGCUAAUCUCUUCAGCCUUUCUCCUCUCUCUUCCCUCCCUCCUGUUGCUUUUACUUAAUGCUUUUCUUAAAUCAGACUGCCCUUCAUUUGUGUUGUCUUUAUUAUUAUUAUUCAGGACAGAGUGGGCACUGCACUUUUAAGGACCCACAAAUGCUUUUCAGGAAGGAAUGCUUUUCAGGGGUUGUCAAAAUGGCACCCUAUUCCAUAUGUAGUGCACUAGUUUCCACCAAUUCUAAUGAAAAGUAGUGCUCUAAAUUGAGAAUAGGCUGCACUGUUGAGGAAGAAGCCGUAAGACAGCUGUAUGUUAUUUGUUUUUAUUUAAAUACUAGGUUAUUUACCCCAGAUGAUGUCCCAAAUGUGUACUCUAAAUACAUUUAAUUGGUUGAGUUGAAAAAUGUGCACUAUAAAAAAGAAAUAAAAAAUGUGUGGAUUCAGUGUAGAAUUGUAAGGAAAUCAGUUGUGAUAGGAUUGUGAGCUUUCUCUCAGAUGUUGAGCAAACUCUCAAUCAUUUUGCAUUUGGUUGCCUUAGAAUUGCACAUUGAAUCAACCUUCAUGCCAUUUUGUUGUGCAAACACAAUUCUUUUGUAGCUUGAUGCUGUGCAAUUAUACACUGAAUCAACCUCCAUGAUGGCUGGCAAAGUAAUGUGUAAUUCUUAUAAGAACCCAGUCAAUUGAGGGGAUUCCCUAAACUUUUACAUUUUAAUCAGUCAAAACCUGCAUUGAGUGACUGCGGGGUUGGACAUUGAGCCUGCUUAAAUCAUGGAACAGCCAUCUCAAUGUCACAAAGCGCCAGGUGUGGGCAGGAACGUGCUACAAUGCAUAAGUACAGUCUUUGAGCAAUGACUACUUUUCUAUUUUCUCUCUCUCGGCUAUACUUACAGUCUUAAGUAAUUUGAAGGAAGUAACUAACUUUUUACUCAGUUACAUUUUAUCAAAUAAGUUUAGUGAUGUUAAUUAUAUAGCAUAGAAAUAUAUAAAUGUACAAUAUGCCGAUACGCCAAUAUACUUGCUGAUUCCUACUCUGCCAGCGCAUUGAGCACUACUGUUAAAGAUGCAUUCUGGGACAUUUUUUAACUUCCCAUUUUGAGCUGGAUGUGUAAUAUAUAGUUUCCCUGUGCAUGCUUUUUGGAGAAUCACAUACCUCAGAUACCCAAGGAACUCCAAGUUUUAAAGCAAGUGGUUUUGAUAUCAUGGGGCAUAUGUAUAUGCACACACAUGACACAGUACACAAUGUUUGAGGAUCUGUUUUGGCUCGAUUUCACCACAUUUGCAACCAGUGGCCAUCAAGCCUGGAAUGCAUCUUUAAAAAAGCAUUGAACAGAGCUACUAAGAUUUUUGACACAGCACUGUGAACCACAAUCUGCGAUUGGUCUGUUAAUGUAAAGGAUCAAGGGAUUGGAUGAGCGUUUUAAAGAGACACCCUCAAUAUUCCAGUGGUGCAAACAAACUUGGCUGAAUGGAGAGAGAGAAACAUUCUUUCAAUGCUAUAUGAGUUUAUAAAAUAACCCUAGAAUAUAUGUUUAUUUGUAGAUGGGGGACAGUAAAUAGUCAUUUGCUUAGGGUAUGGAGAAAUGUAUGAUGUAUGCAGGAUAUUUUAUUAUGAAUUUCAUUACAUUUGUUAUAAGAGCAAUUUGUCUUAGCCAUGGGCUAAAAGAUAGGAAUACAACUAUUAACCAUACUUAUUUAUAUUGAUAAUUUUGCCAGUGUAAUAAUUACAUACUGUACAUAUGAAUGAGGGGCACUGUAAAGAAGUGAAUUUAAUGUAAAAUGCUGGUAGAAUACAUACAACAGAACAAUCAAUCUGGCAGAAUAACAAUCUGGCAUGCUUAAGUUUUAUGAUUGCUAAAUAAGUGGCUUUUUGUUUUUGUGUUAUUUAGUCCUAAAUGGGUACAAGUGUCACAUUAUCGUCCUUUCUGAAAUCUCUUUCAGUCUGUAAAUUCACACUGUCAGUGUGUUUAUAAAGGAGCCUUUUUAAUGGAGUGAUCAUGUGACUGUUGUUCCCCUAUACGAUAUAAAAUGAUUGUCUCUAGUGCUUAUGUAGUUUUCUGACCGGACACAUUUUUUACUCUUGAGUAAAUUACAAUCGAAGUAAUAGUACUUUCACUUUACUCUUAAACAAUACUUUCACUCUACCCACCUCUGCAAAAUAUUAGGCACAUUUACCCGUAUGGUAUUUAUGUUUUGUAGUAUAUGAUUAAUAGGCUAAUCAAUUUACAUGCAAAAAAAAAAGGUAUGAAACAAACAAUAAAAAAUCCAUGGAGAAUGCAAGUAAAUAAAAAAAGUUUGUUGAUUCAAUGUGAAAUUGUAACUUCAAUAGGGUUGUGAAAUUGCACAACAUAUGACCAGACAGUGUUGGCCUCCAACAAGUAUGAUAUAUACAUUUUACUCAAGCUAUUUCGAAUUCACAUCACUUUCAGCAGAGUUUGUUGAGUGAACAAAAAUGUGCAAGUUUGCUACAUUUCUUGUACUUUUAAGGUGCACCCAACUGUCAGACUAACGUGGAUUAAGCAAUUGGUUAAAUUGACUUAACCCUUAUGUUGUGUGAUGUUUUGUUUUUCAGUGUGUCAUUGUAAAAUACAUCCUAUGGUUGAGUGGUUGGUUGAGUGAAGAAAAUGCGCUGUUAAAGGAGCUAGCCUGAAUCUUUUUAUCUUUAAAAGUAAACCCCUGAAUAUUGAAAUGUCUUAGCUAUUAUCCUGCAAAGGGGGUGGGUGUGUGCGCGUGAGCGUGCGUGCGUGCGUGCAUGCAUGCUGUAGUAAUGGUUUGGCAACCCUGAGGGAGAAAAGCAUAGCUGGAGGGAGCUGUAAGACAUCACUUCCUGGCACUAUGCCUUGUUUAUCAGUGCAUCUUAUCACCUACUUCCAUCCAUUUCACACUUCUCAAAGACCUGCACAUCAUCGAUCUGCCACACAAGCCCCCCAACAGAGGCACAGCACUUCAAAGCUACAUGGGACAUGACUGAGGGUAGAAUGUGUUAUGGAAUAAUUUUAUGGUACACUAAUGAAAGGCCUGCUUAACAUCUUGUUUUUAUAAUGAAAUGUGGUGCACUAAAUGUGGGAUAUUGUGACAUAUUGGAUACAUUUUAAAUAUACCAGGUAAGCCGGGGUUGGAAAUUACAAAUCCGAACAACAGGCAAUGUAUUAAAAAUCUUUAAAUUAAUUCAACUGAUAUUUUUUUAUUUCAUAUCCUUAUCCAUAUGAGAUGGAUGUCAAGUACUUCUUCUGGUGCAUAUUUUCUGUUAUGUUCAAGGUGAUUUCUUAAGCUUGGACCAUGUCUCUUUGUAGUUACUGCUUUCAUUGGUAUAAUAUUAUGAAAAUAAUCAUAAUAAAAAGUAUUUGAAAGUAUCAGAAAUUAACAUUUGAAUGCGUCUGAGAGGGGUCUUCCUCCAAUUACAUAAAAAUGUACUUGUUUAUUUUACACCUUUUGCAAUCUCCUCUGAAAUAUCUAAAACUGAGUUUGUUAUAUGCAAUUUCAUAUAUGAACAGGAUGCUUCCUAAAUGGAAAAGUAUUCCUUAUAGUCCUUUUGAAUGGUUUACUAGUAUUCAAACAGUGUUUGAGCUGUUUCACCUAUAUGUUUGAGAUUGUUUCACCUAUAGUAGUCCUUUCAUAUACUGUUUAUAUUGCUUUCAUGGAGGACGGAUCACGAGCAGAAGUUACACUAUACUGUAUGUGAAACCUACACUGCUGUUAGUAUACACAUCCACUAUUGUCUUUUAAUCAAUCAAAUGUUAAUCAUUAUACAAUACAGCUGACAAUAGAACAGAGUGGUGACUGAGUGAGCAUUACGUUUUAAAUAUGAUUUCAUAACCGUUAAAUAAUUUUAUUUCCCUGUACUAAUGUGAGCAUGAGUGGUUAAAAGAAUGGUGUGCUGUUGUAAUGCUUAACAUUGGCUGAUGUUGCAUUGAUAGCAAUUGUCUGUAAAAUACACCAUAUCAACCAAAACAUUGCAUUUGAAUUAUUUUAACCUAGCCUAAUCCAGAAAUGCUGAGUCAUCUAGAACCUAUUACGAGUUGAAUUUAACUUUGUAAAUGGUUACUAGGCCCACUGGCUUUCAUACCAUGAACACACAAACACUCACACGCACACACACACACGUAAAUGCUUUGUGUUAGACUACUGCUGUGUCACUGGCUGAAGAUAGUUCAACCCCUAAUUUCAAGUCCCCUGAGCUUGGUUGUAUUCCAAAUGGCACCUUAUUUCUAGUAAUGUGCGCUGUACUACUUUUCACAAGAGUAAUGCACUAAAUUGUGAAUAGGGUGAAAAUUUGGACAUAACUCUGGUAUCUGUUGCUCCAACCUGAUUUACAUCAGGGAUGGAUGUUACAGUACUUGGCUGUGUUAAAGGGCAUUAGCUGGCGGCUGGCUCAAUGUUGUCAUGCCACACUAACCCCCCAGGUCCACAGAUAUGAUCUUACUCCUUCUCAUAUCACGCAUGGCCUUUGGCUUCAUAUCACUAUUCUUGUGCCUUGUUUAACUAAUUUAAAUGGUGAAUGUUGUAAAGUACAGAUGGGGCUAAAAAAACAAAAACAAACAUACAUGUGAAGAAAGUAUUAGUUCAAGAAGUAUUUACAAUCAUAUAAUUGAAUAGGCUGCAGAGCUUUUAUAGUGCUAAACAUAUACUGUAUGUUUGGUAUUUGCCAGGGCAGCUUUGUGGUAUAUUGUAUCUAUAUAAUUAUGGACAUUUUGGAUGUUUUCUGUACAGUAGAAUUUGCAAAUGUAUAUGCAGCCUUUUGGAAAUAAAAUGUACAGUUGAAAAGUC